AUGCCGUGCACUGUGUUACCUUUGGUUGUUGCCUUUCUGCCACUUUUUCAAGCUGUUGACUUUCUGCCACUUUUUCAAGUUGCUGCAAGCUCUGUGCCACUUUUUCAGGAGUUACCUAGCCUGACAUCUAUUAAGGAGCUUAGGAUUUCUAGCAGUGGAUUAAAAGUCAAAUACCAUAAGAAUGGGACCAUAAGUCAAAAAGGUAUAAAUACUGUAACUCAUAAGUCAUUGUCUGAGGUUGAGAAUAAUGGAGAGGAGAAUUCGAAGAGUCAAGAGAAAGCGCCGGAGUUAAUUUUAUCAUCGUUGAAUGAACUGAACCUUUUGAAAUCGGAGAGUUCUGAAUCAGAUGCGGGUUCUAGCUAUGAGCAGAGAACAUCGUCUUCAAUUUCACCGAAAGAUUACGCACUAGAAAUGGAAGGCUCCCGCAACAAAGAGUUCUUCAUUGACAGGUUCAUGAGUUCGAACACUCAGAAUUUGGAUUUGAUGGGGAAUUAUCCGAUUCAGAUGAGUUUGGCGAUAAUUCUCUCAAUAUUCCUCUGUGAUAGCAAUACUAUGUUCCUUCCUAAUUCCUAUUGCUGCAACAAUUCUAUAUCGAUGAUGAAAAGUGAUAGCAAUACAUUAAACUUGCAAAACAAAAAUUUUUCUUGGGGAGGAUUGAUGGAAAAUCAUCAUCAUCAUACAGUAGAAGCUAAGUGGGAUAAUAAUAAUACUAAUAAUCAUCAUACAACACACAACUUUGAAAACACAAGUCGUUAG